AUGGUUCUCGACUACAGCAAAUGGGACGCUUUGGAGCUGUCCGAUGACUCCGACGUGGAAGUUCAUCCCAAUGUCGACAAGCGUUCUUUCAUCCGAGCCAAACAAGCUCAGAUCCAUCAGCAGCGCGAACAGCGCCGUCAUGAGAUCAAGACCUUGAAAUACGAGCGCAUUAUCAACGACGGGCUGUUGUCGCGCAUCGACAAGCUUAUCGAAUCUCUCAAGAAGCACGAAGAUUCCUCUGCUUCCCCCGAUGAGUUCAUCUUCUCUACUAUUAUGGAGUUCGCCAGCAACCCCACCGAAGACCAAGCUCCCACCCCGCCAGAGGGAGUAUACACAAACGAACCCGAACAACCUAAGUUCUCCCAGAUGAUGAGCUCCUUGGUGGACCAGGUUAAGAAGGAGAUCGGAGACUCCAAGCCCGACAAUCUUUUCAAGGCAUACAUUAAGGGUGUGAACGUGCACUUGGAGAAGAUUCAGGGACUCCAGAAGGAAUUGCACACGAAGCUUGCGCAGCUCGAAAAGGAAGAGGGUGCCAAGAUCACCAGUGAUCAGCUGCAUGAGGGUUUCAACCAAUCACAUGUUGCUAAGAUGGCUGAGAAAGAGAAGGCCGAGGCUGCUGCCAAAAAGAAGGAGAGCUCCGUUGAGCUGUUGAACCCGGGUGCUGGAAGCGCAUCCAAGGCCGACGACGAAGGCAACGACGAGGAUCCCGCCGAUGUUGAGAUUAGCCCUCUUGCGAAGAAGUUUGCGAAUUUGAAGGCCGGUGACUACAAGGCCUACUUGCAGUUCAUCUCCGCGAACCCGGACAUUGUCGCCGAGAAAGAGACCGACGGUCUCUUGGUCGAGGCUUUCAACAGUCAGCUCAAGGGUAAUGAAGACUACGCCCGCCAGUGCGUGCACCAAGGUCUGCUCCUGCAGUACUGCCGCUCGCUCGGUCGCGAUGGCAUUCAGCUCUUCUUCACUCGCAUCACCACCAAGGACCACCGGGCCUCUACUCUGUUCCACAACGACGUCAACGAAACGUACGGUCGUAUCAAGUCCCGUACCGCUGAACUUAACAAGGAAAGUUCCGGUAACGAGUCCGGUGGCGUGGAGCAAAUCCAGCUGCAUGCCGUCGACCCCAACACUAAGAUCACCAUCAACCUUCCCGCUGCCAACAGCGAAGAUCCGACCGAAAUUGAAGUCCGUAAGAUCUUCGACGCCUUCCCUGAAGACUUGCAGAAGGCUUUGGAAACCGAGUCAUUGGAUGAGGUCAACAAGGUCUUGGGCAAUAUGUCUAUUGAAGCAGCAGAGCUCGUUGUCGAGGCGCUUGGUAAUGGAGGCAUGCUGAGCUUGGAGGAAGGCAUCGUUGAUGCCACUACAGCUGAAGGUCAGAAGAAAUUAAAAGAACUGGAAGAGGAAGGAAAGGACGUCGGCGAACCUGGCGGUGAUGUUACCGAACUCGAUUAA